AUGAUGAAGUCUACAAAAAACAACGAGAAGUGGAAAUGGAGGUCGUCCACUGCAAGCACGACGGGAUCUCUGUCUCCAUACCAAUAUGCCACUGAAUCGCCGGAGCCUGUUGUUGAAAGCAAAAAGUCUCGUUCCUUGUCCAAAGCCUUUCGCUCAAUGAGUAGCUCUUCCCUAGAUUCGAUGUCUAGUGGUCCGUCUAGGUCUGGAUCUUCAGCACGAAAGCUGCACAAGACGCCGUCUGGCUCAGGAUCGAUGAUUGAAAGACUUCAGAGGAGGGUUUCCAGAGAUUCUUCCAUCAGCACCGCGCCUUCGGAAAUUCCUGGUAGUCCCGUGGAACCCAGCUUUACGGCGAUGGAAAUGAUUCGUUAUGGAUCGCUUAAGCCAGAUUCUUCUCUACUUAAAGCUCGCUCUGAAUAUCUCGUCUUGACAGACCAUUCUUUGGUGAAAUUUGGAAGCGCGGAAGCUGCUAGGGUUGUCUUCCCGCAGUUAACUCAGACUGGAAGCCAAGGGAGAGGCGCUCAGUCUCACCAUCUGCAUGCUUUGAGCAGCAAAUCUUCAUACGCCGAGAUUCGAUACGAUAUUCCCCUUCGCUCCAUCAUUGCAGUUUUUAAUGAAGAGUCCUCAAGCUCUCGAUUUGGCAUCGAGCUGUGGUGGUCCUCGAGAUCGCCCAAGAUUGCAUCUUGUAAGGCGCAUUUCUACUUCGCUCUUCCAAAGGAGAGAGACGACUGGUUGGCGGACAUUCAACAGGCAUACAAGGCCAGGAUGAGAAAAAACCCGAUCCAUGUGACCGUUCCAGAGAAUGUCAAGAUCCGCAUCAAUCAUACUGUGCAGCCAGCAGAGGCACCCGAUGAUCACCCCCCUCAGAGCUUGAUCUUUCCGGUAACAAAGCGUUUCGUGACAGCAGCGCAAAAGGGGACAGCCGCGGAUGAGUCUCAGGAUAUCAUAGAUACCGCGACCUACUAUCUUGCUAUUGGCCCCUAUUUGUGUUAUUUUAUCGAGAUCCUCAAGGCCGAUUAUUCGACACUACCAGGUGACCUGCGCUUGAAAACUUCACUAUUUGGUACGGUAUCUUUGACCCGUUUCCAAGCAUCAGUAGCAUCUCAUGAGCAAAGAUUCUCGAUGAGUUUUCGUAUACCGUUCGGUCGAGAAACCCGCCUCGAUCUAGCAAGCACUUACUAUCGCCGGAUUAUCGAAGCGUUGACAAAGAUUGAUCGUGUUUUGAAACCCAUGUGGCCCCAAAACCUCCAACACGCUAUUUUCGAAAUUAAGGGUCUCCCAGCACCUCUCCAGCUGACAUCAGGAAACGAUUUGGGCGGUCUUGAGAUGAGUCUUCAGGCAUAUUGCGUCGCGUUUAAUGUGCAAAUCCCCGCCUGGACAAUCGAAUGGCCGACUCCGUCAGAGCCGGCUUUCCGACUGCUCGCCUCUGAUGAGUUGGAAUACUCGCCCCUUCAACUGCUUGCGGUUUUCCGGGCUUUGAGAUACAAUAGCUUCUUUAAAGCCGUCUCUUUUCGCGAUGUAGCACUGACAUCGCUUGCGAACAAGAGCGAUUAUUCGCAAUAUGGAGAUACUGUGGUAUACACAUCUCUGAGUGGCGUAAAAAUACCAGAUGACUACUACCAAAUUCUUGUUCAAGCUACCAUAUUGGAACAAGAGAUCCAUGCUCUGUUGUUUUCAUCUGAAUCUAUACGACACAUUGAUUUCACGAAUACUGUUGGCCUACAACGCUCUAAGAGACCGCAAACAGGUAGGGGAUCGAUCAACCACACUACGAUGCGUAAGAUGAGCUCCGAGAUCAUUCGCCCCUUGUCGAUGCUCCUCAAAACACAGUUGAGCCACUGUCAUAGCAUUUCCAUGUCUGGCAACCCCAUUGGCUCAAGCGACGUAGCUGAACUAGCCAAUGUCUUUGGGCUGGAUGAUGUGCAUUUGAAAAAAAUUGAUCUAUCAAACUGUGGACUUGGGGACAUUGAUCUCAACAAACUGUGGUCUGGUCUUGCAGGCCAAGCUGAGACUAUCGAAUAUAUCGAUACGUCAAAUAACAGCGGGACUGUUGGCUUUGAUACCCUCACUUAUACCCUUCGACAACUCCGAAACAUCAAGAAGCUCAACAUAUCAGGCAAUACUAGGCUCGUCUCGGAAGAACCCCUCUUCGCUGAGGGUGCGCUACAUAGCUGGGCUCUUCAGGAACUGGAUCUUUCCGGUAUAGUGCUCAACGAUACUACUGUGAUUUCUCUUGCAAGAUAUAUGGAAUCGCCAAUGUCUCAAGGGCUGCAAGUGAUGCGCCUUAACAAUUGCGGUCUCACCGGAAGCCAAGUUGCGCAGCUUUUUUUUAGUAUGGGCAAGGCUCGGCACAUGACAGUUCAUAUAAAUGCAAACCGGUUAGAUGAUGGUAUUGGAAGCCUGUGCGAUGCAAUUGCUUCCGGCUAUGGGCCCUGGAGUUUGUUCAUGCAGAUGAUUGAAUUCAGCUAUGAGGAUAGCUUUGUCAAGCUGAUGAGGGCAUUAACCAUCAACAAGACGAUCGAGUGCCUGAGCUUGGCUGGCUGCGCUACACCGGAUGCUGUUAGCAGCGUAGCCUGCCAAGCUGCCUCAGACCUCUUCGCCAAGAACGAGACUAUCCGCUUCUUGGAUAUAUCUGGAUACGACUCCAAGCUUGACGAAGGCCGGCUGGGCAGAGAAUUCUCAAGAUCAUUAAGUGGCAUGAAAUUCAAUAAGCGAAUUGAGCACCUUCGUGUCAGAAGCCAGAUGCUGAAUAUCAACAUCGGAGACCUCGCAGAAGCUAUCUCAGGCAAUCAAACACUGCACACCCUGGAUUGUGAGGGCAACGACUUCAACCUCUCUAAUUUCUGGCAUCUGGUGAAGCGUAUUGAGGGUAAUACGACGAUCCGGCACUUCUCCGCAUUCUCCGAGUCUGAACUUUCCAGGACAAUACAGAAAUCUGCCGAAGUCGAUGUGCCGGUCGUUGCGCCGCGCCGCUCCUCGGGCAUAUUCAAUAAGCUGAAGCAUGAAAAGGCUCCAGUGAUUGUAGAGAAGCCACUUGUUCAACGGCUGAGUGACGAGUGGGAUGCUGCCAUUAACGCUCUAAAUAACGUUCUUGAGAGAAAUCAAAAGAUCUACCGCGACGAGCAGAGUCCUGCGAAGCUGGCCGACCAGGUACUGGAAACUUGCGAGAUAGAAGAAGGCACAUUUUCAGUUGACUUUGGAGGCCUUGCCAGCAAAGAAUUUGAAGUCCAUAAUGCUGCGGGCUCUUCCCUUCGACGUGGACCCUCUACUACGAACCACGGCUCGGAAACGUUGAAAGUUAUCGUGUCAGCGCCUUACUCGGGCGAAGAUCCCAGUGACACAAUCAUGAGGCCUUAUUCCAUUGUCUCAAGCGACGGGGCUAGUAGCCCAACCUCUCAGGCCAGCUCUAAUAGUGAAACGGGAAUGCCAACACCUUCAGAGAUGGAAAGCCCUCCGGAUAAAGAGCCGGGGUGGGCCAACACACCGGUUGCGGGUGUGACCAGCAACGGGGCGCCUGAGGAUAGCUUUUUGCCUUCCGAGGGUUACGAUGCUGAGAUAAGCUUACUGAUGGGGAGAUACCAAAGCCUCCUCGGCGAUCCGACAGAUCCCAUUGAGGAGGAGGGCAGGUAA